AAAUGAACCAAGAGUUUUUAGUCUGGGUCAUUAUACGAUCAGCUCCCCAAUGCAAAGUAAGCAUGACUGCUAUCUACCUGAUGUCCAUGCUUUUUGGCCUUGCAUGUGGGCAAGUAAUGUCUUUUUGUUUUCCAACUGAGUAUACGAUGCAUGUCGAAAGGAAAGAGUGUGCUUAUUGCCUAACCAUCAACACCACCAUCUGUGCUGGAUAUUGUAUGACACGGGAUAUAAAUGGCAAACUGUUUCUUCCCAAAUAUGCUCUGUCCCAGGAUGUUUGUACAUAUAGAGACUUCAUGUACAAGACUGUAGAAAUACCAGGAUGCCCACGCCAUGUUACUCCCUAUUUCUCCUACCCUGUAGCUAUAAGCUGUAAGUGUGGCAAGUGUGAUACUGACUAUAGUGACUGUAUACAUGAGGCCAUCAAGACAAACUAUUGUACCAAACCUCAGAAGUCCUAUGUGGUGGGAUUUUCUAUCUAACUUAAUAGUGAUGUAACUUGCAAUUCAGUUAAAUGUGUUCACCUGGAAUAAAAUUAAUAAAAUAUCAAUAUAUUUCACAACACAUUGUGUACAUUUUGA